GCCGUAUUUUUUGUUGGCUUGGCCUACAGCUGAUCACAGCAGCCUAUCCCAGUCGUAGCGGAGUCUUUGUGCACGAAGAGAGUCCGACGUUCUGAUCCCUUGCCAAGUAAAAGCGCCUGAGAAUAAUGCAGAGAGUCGUUUUCCCAGUUCCUUCCAGCUGAUAUUGUUUGCAAAUAUUGUUUAGGACAUGGGAAUAACCCCGAUGACGGACCCACGACCAAAGCUUAUAUUUUCUUCUCUCCUGUUCACCGACAACCACUGGAGUGACCCCAGCCUUCGUUUCGCCAUCUGGACCUCCAGUUGCUCAAUGACUAAACCAUCAACCGACUCCAAUUAUUGUUCUAUAAGUGAAAGCAGUCUGUUCAAUAAACGUUUCGAAACUUUCUGUGUGUUUGUAAAUAAAAACUCCGCCCGCCAGCCUCAUCAAAUAGCCCAGAAUUCUGCAGUGAUUUGUGAUAGCGAGUGUCAGUUGGUAACUUCAGAGUAUCAGGAGAAAUUAAGAGACCAGGAAACCGAGAUUGAGAUUCAGGGUAAAGAGUUUCAUCAGUCAUUUAUAGUUUGAGAGGUGAGCGGUGGUGUUUGAAGUUUUGAGUGCCAGCAGUCACUUGUAGUCUUUAGAAGUGAGUUGUGGUGUUUGAAAUUUUGAGUACCAGCAGUCACUUUUCGUCUUCAGAAAAGAGCGGUUGUGUGAGACGUUCUCAGUAUCCUCAGUCACUUAUAGUUUGAGAAGUGAGUAGUGAUCUUGGGAAUUUUGGAGACCUUCAAGGUCCCCGAGCCAUGUCAACGGAUGAUGAGAACUCUUCGUCUCACCUGCUGCAACAAAGAUUGCUGCCCCCUCAUACUACACCCACAGCCGGCGGUGGUCAAAGUGGGGACAGUUACUGCAGUCUGAGACUCCCUCCUCCUCUCAGCUCAAACGGGGUCGGAUCACGUGACGUGAGCAGCUUGGGACCGAGCGGUUGUGCUGGGGACAAGAGCGAUGACGUCAGCGGAGUGUGUGGGAGUUGUGGCCUGAAGAAUCUCUCCACCCAGAAGUCGUGUUGCGAGCACGCCGCCGGGCCUGGCACCCCAGGAGGCGUAAACAAUAACCCGGACCAGUGCUACAGCUGGCUGCACGCGCUGCGAGGCGGGCGGGUGAAGAAGAACAGCGAGUCCAGCAGCGAUGCGUCGAGCUCUAGCGGCUCUCUGCCCAUGCCGCCGUCCCCGGACGGUGGGUGGGGCUGGUUCGUCGUCCUUGGCGCUUUCUUGGUCAGCGUUAUCUGUGACGGCCUGUCCUACUGCUUUGGCCUUCUCUACUCGGAGCUGAAGGUGCAGUUUGGUGCCUCUCGUAGCAUGACCUCUGCCGUGGGCAGCAUUUUUUUCGGGGUUUCCAUGAUUCUGGGGCCCCUGGCUAGCUCUCUCACCACUCGCUUCGGCUGUCGGAAGAUGACCAUCUUUGGGGGAAUACUCGCCUUUCUUGGCUUUCUCUCUAGCAGUUUCACCAAUUCAAUAGAGAUGCUUUGCGUCACAUUUGGCGUGAUUGUCGGGGCUGGCUUCUCCUUCUGCUACAUCACCAGCGUAGUGAUCGUAGCAUUUUAUUUCGAGAAGCGCCGUGCUUUGGCCACAGGUCUUGCUGUUUGCGGCACAGGAAUCGGUACGUUCACCUUCGCCCCUCUGAUUGAUUUCCUCAUCUACGAGUACGGCUGGCGAGGACUGUUCUUGAUCCUCUCCGGCAUUAGUCUCAACCUCUUAGUGUGCGGCAUGCUCUUCCGACCUCUCAAGUUCACUGAUGUAGAGCGCUGGCAGUUGAUGCUGGAAGAGUUUAACCGCAUCCCACAUGGUCGCGAGGAAAUCGAGGUGGUGCGGAGUCGGUACCCGAGCGAGAGCUCAGACUCGGAUUCGGACGCGGAGUCUUCGGACGAAGACACGAAGGCGUUGUCGACGCUGAACCUCCCAACGUUUGUGGCCACGAGCAAUUUGGAAGUCUCCCAGGCGCUUCUCAUGGAGGCAAUCAAGAACAGCAAGAACCCUCACCGCACUAUGCAGAGGUACAUGAAGAACGCAAUGAUGCGCUCCGAGCAGGAAUGCAAGAUCGGCCGCCCAGACCAGGUGCCUCUCGUCAAAGGAGACAACUGCAUCAUCCGAGCCAUGUCCCCCACCGAUGUCGGGUCGGACACCGAGAAUGCCUUGGAUAGCCUUCCGUCGUCCCUGGUAGACGAUACAAAUAUAUUAAGGUCUUGCAAACCGCCACAGAUAUGUGGGUCCGAUGCCCAGAAAGAAGCUAACAAUAAACUGGCGGUCUCUCGGUCAAACGUCUUUCAGACCGACUCCAUCUCAAAAUCAGGGGAACCCGUUCAUCUGUUUAUAGUUGACCAGUUUGGGAGAACCUGCCCAAUAUACAACAGCCAAGAUUUAAGAAAGAAAGAUACACAGAAAAGACAUGAGCUGCACGGGUUAGGAAGUACGUUGACCGGAAAGAUCCACGCAAAUGAGAGUCGAAUGCUAUCGAGACGGAUGUCGGGGAUGUACAUGGGCAGACACAACGCUCUGGGAAUCCAUCUGCCUCUCUACAGGAGCGACAUCUUCUACCGCCGUCUACAGAGGCAGAACAACCCUCUCAGACACUGCACCCUGGGCACCAGCUGCCCCGAGUUCACCGACACCUCGAGUGUGGAGUCGGACCACGGCUACGUGUACGAGAUGAUCGCGUCGCUGCUGGAGGAAAUCUGCGACGUCCUGAAAAGCAUGGUGGACGUGCAGCUCUUGUCGAACCCCUUCUUCAGCAUCCUGAUCAUCUCCAACUUCCUGUUCUAUCUCUGGAGUGACGUCCCUUAUAUGUACGCCGCGGAUCACGCUAUGGAAAACGGCGUGGACCCCCAGAAAGCCUCGUUCCUCCUCUCAAUAGUCGGAAUUUUCAACACCAUCGGGCAAGUGGUAUUUGGAUACAUCGGAGAUCUGGAGUGCAAUCUUCUGAACGUCUAUGCCAUCGUAUCCGUGCUGGCGGGCGGGUGUAUUUCUUUGAUCCCAUUGAUGCCGACCUUCUGGAGCACCUGCGUGCUGUACGCACUCUUCGGCUUCUUCGUCAGUGUGAGUUUUCCGCUGACCACGGUCCUGUUGGUCAAGUAUCUGGGCGUGGAGAAGCUGACCAGUGCCUAUGGCUUGCUGAUGCUGAUGCAAGGGAUUGCAAAUCUCUUUGGUCCACCGUUUGCUGGCUGGGUGUCGGAUGAGACAGGAAACUACAAUGCAGCGUUUUAUUUGUCAGGACUGUUCUACGCUCUGUCUGGGUUCACGCUGUUCCUCGUCUACAUCCCUAAGCUGAGGGUGGAGCCGGCCCCGAGGAGAAAAUCUCUCACCAUCUCAAGCGAUGCGGAGCAAGUGUAGUCUUUACAUCCCUAUAUGAUGAAAUCAUUUAAAAAGUACAGUAAUAUAUAAAUAUAUAUAUAAUAUAUAUAUAAUAUGUGUGGUUUUCACAGUUUUACAGGAGAGCAAAAAUAACCCAACUGAAUGUUAUUACCUAGAAAGCAAGCUCUUUGCAAACCCCAUAAGUCAAUAUUUUUAAGAUUACAAUUUUGAUAAUAACUUCAGUAUUAUCUUUAAAGUAAAUGAUUUUGUGGUAACAAAUUCAGUUGUUUUGUUUUUUUGCUAUCAUGUAUAAUUGCGAAACUGCAUUUGCUGUACUUUUAAAAAUGACAGCAGUAUAUGAUGACUGUUAUUAUGUUCUUUUCCUCAUUACUGUAUAUCAUUGGGUGUCUUUGUAGUUUUAUACUGACCUACUGAUCAACAUGUUUUGUUUAGGACAGUUGAAGCAGGUGUUUUUGAAGGUAUAUUAUUAUUAUAACUAACACGAGGUAGGCCUAUUCACCUCAUUCUAUCAGAUCUGAGUUUUUAAAUCUUAUCUAUUUGUUAAUGAACUUUAUUAUUAUUCCAAUAUUCACUCCACGCUGUUACCACUUUUUUUCUGUCUUUCACAUUUUAAGAUUUUGCUCUAUAUAAAAAUACAUUUUAAAAAAUGAAUUACACUUUUAUUAAUCCCAGAAAGGCAAUUUGGUUUACAAACCAAUAUAUUUGUUGUCAAGUGGUUUUGCUGCAGAGCAUAGGCCUAUGAUCAAAGGUUAGAAGGUUCUGUUUUUUUUGGUACUAGGUCAAAAAUUGUAUCCUGGGUAAAGACAAUUUAAUUAUGAUUAGAUGUUUAGUCUUUGACUUCUGCCCGUUAUGACGUUGUUACCAUUGCCAGUGGUGAGUAACUCCCUUGACAGAUGAGCGAUCUGUCCAAACAGGGGAUCUUUUUCUCUGGAAGGACUUCUCUUUUGACAUCCACCUCUUGGCGUUGAUAUGACCUUAUGCAGUUGCGAGCGCUGUAAAACGUCUACUUAAAAAAAAAACAGGGGAUCUUUUUAUAUCAAUCGUUCCUUUUCAUGCAAAA